GUUGGUGUGCUUAAAGGUAUCCCACAUUUCUUUACCACCUCUCCUGCAACCACGGUUGCACUCUGUUUGCUAUCUCUAUUGUUUUGCCUUUUCCAGAUUGUCAUAUAUUUGAAGUCAUAUGUAGCCUUUUCAGAUGGUUCCAUUCACUUAGCAAUAUGGAUUUUAGGUUCCUCUAUAUCUUUUCGUGACUUGAUAGUGCAUUUCUUUUUAGUGUUGAAUAAUAUUCCAUUGUAUGGUUAUGCCACAGUUUAUUCAUUUGCCUGUUGAAGGACUUCUUGGUUGCUUCCAAUUUUUGGCAACUACGAAUAAAACUUCUAUAAACAUUCACAUGCAGGUCCUUAUGUGGACAUUCACUUUAAGCUCAUUUGGAUAAACACGUGGAUUGUGGUGGUUGAAUUGUAUUGUAGGACUGUGUUUUAGCUUUGUAAGAAAUUGCCAUACUGUCCUCCAAAGUGGCUGUACCAUUUUGCAUUCUCAUCAGUAAUGAAUGAGAGUACCUGUUACUCCACCUCCUCCUUAGCAUGUGGUGUUUUGAAUUUUAGCCAAUUGAAUGGUGUGUAGUAAUAUCUUACUGAUGUUUAAUUUGCAAUUAUGGUAUCUUACUGAUGUUUAAAUUGCAAUCAGAAGUAUUUACUGAUGUUUAGUUAUAUAUAGCUAAAUAUUGACAUAUAGCAUAUGUCAAUGAUGUUUGGCAUCUUUUUAUACUGUUUUCCAUCUGCAUAUCUUCUUUGGCGGGGUUUCUGUUUAAAUAUUUUGCCCAUUAAUUUUUUACCUUAUUAUGAGUUUUAACAUUCUAUGUAUAUUUUGUAUACCAGUGCUUCAGCAGAUACAUACGUAUUAUGCAAAUAUUUUCUCCAGUCUGUGGCGUGUCUUUUCAUUCUCUUAACAGUGUCUUUCACAGAGCAGAAGAGAACAGGAGGUGGCCUGAGCAAGGGACUGAGCCAAGUGCUUGUGGAGGGCUCAGGUUCUGGGCCGUAAGAUGCGAUUUCCCAUUCGCCCACUCCGGAUCUCUGAGGCCACUCCUGACGGCAAUCUCCAUUAGUUCUUCAAGUGCGAAUAGGAAGGAAACCUGGAUUCUGCCGCUGGGAGACACAGGUGGAUCUCUAAGGUGGCUGUGCGGCAAAUGACUGACACCUACUGGCGGCGUCACGAUCUGCAAAAAAAAAGAGAAACGCGGAAAUCCUCAAUCAGCUGCCUUCCCGACUGCUAGUGCCACAAAUGCCAUCCGGGCGGCACAGCCACCGGUCCAGAUCUCCAGUCCUGAGCACCUGCGAAAGCCGCCCGCACUCACUCUGCGGGGUGCGGAUAGUGCUCCCCACUCAGACUCCGGGGAUCCCGCGGGCCGACGGAUCUGCGCCGGGGCCCUGAGCCCCCUGAGCCUGUACCUUCGAGGCCAGUAAUAGUCGGAGCCUGGAAACUGUGCACCCACUCGAUUCCAGCUCUGCGCCACUUGGGACCACAGGGUCCCAGACAGCCGCUGCCGACGCCAGGGGCGAGGGGCAGUGAGCUUCCUCUCGAGUUCCUCUCCCCGCGCCAAGUACUGCAACUCGCUGCGGAGGCAGCAGAGGUCUGACCGCCUCGCUGAGGUCUCAGAACAGCAAAGCAAGUUACUGGGACUGCCGAAGUCCCGCGUGUCCCCCGUUCCCGCGGGUGCCGGGCCUGGAGAGUGCUAAGCGCCCUGAGACUCGCGCUUUCCUAGCGCGUGAAUCCCAACCGUCAACCGAACACUGCGCUCUUCGACUCUGUCCGAUUCUGCAGACGUCCGAAACCUCGGAAGCCAAAACCGUGCUUGAACUCACUGCCCGCGCCUCAUCUCUCCUCAUGGGCAGUUUCCUGAGCAAACUGGAACUUUCGCCCUCGUCCCCAGCCCAGGUGCGCACCGACUUGCCCGAGAGGCCCACGAAACGCCGGCCACCUCAGCACCUUCACCAAGUUCAUCGGGUUCAGUUCGUCCACCGCGCCCACCCUGCCCCACGGUAUAGACCUGUGAGGAGGCGGCCAAACCUGGAUCCUGCCAAUCCAACCACGUGGCUGGCCAACGAGGCUUGGAGGCGCUUUCCCAUGAAGAAGUCCCAGAAUUCCCCCCUGGGGCCUCUCCCUUCAGACUGGUGGGAAAGUUACUUAAAGCGGACUAUUUGGUCUCUUCGACAUCCCAGGCCAAUUUGGAGCCCAGUGACCAUCAGGAUCACUCCUCUUGACCAGAGAGUGCCCCCUUCCACUUCUCCUGAAGAUGUAAUUGCCCUUGCAGGACUCCCACCCUCUGAGGAGCUCGCAGAUCCAUGUUCAAAGGAGACAGUGUUGAGGGCCCUCAGAGAGUGCAGAAAAGGGAAAGGGAGGUUGGAAGAACCACUAUUCCCUGAGAGUCUGGACAGUAAGAGAAGGAGUCCAGAGACCAGACCAUCGGCAUUUAAACCCCUGAUGAAAAAUGGAACCCUCACUUCUUUUGUGCCCAGGCCUGGGCCGCUGAAGAGAAGUCUCCACUCCUGGGGCUCAGACCACAGCUUGACUAAGAGGCCCAAUUGCUCCUCCAUGAGCUCCUUGGCCAGCAUAUACAGAGGUGGCACCCUCAGCUCCAAAAGGAAUGCUAUUUCCAGCUCUUACAGCUCUUCCAGAAAUUUCUCAGACCCUUGGAAGAGAAGUGUUCUCAGUGUGUCAUUCGAGACACCAGAGUGGCCAAUAAAAAAGGAAAAAAGUUGUCAUCGGCCUUACUCUCCAGUCCCACUGGUAUCAGAUUUUGAGUCCCUAGGAGCAUCUGAAAGUUCUGGGCAGCAAAACCAGAAGAUUCCACAGCUGCCGUCUAGCCCUGAGAACCUGGUGUCAGAGAUCCCACCUCCCCAGCUUGGUUAUGCAGUCUCUGAUGAGAACUUGACUUUGGAGAAGAAAGCUGAGCUACAGGUAAGCAACAACGCAGGAGAAGAUACAACUGAGGUCAACACAGACCCUUUCCCUGAGACUUGGCUUGCUAUUCAGCCUUCCUUAUCUCUUGCUCUGCCUUCUUCAGAAACAGAUCUAACCCAGGGAGCAAAUCCUCAGUUGGAAAACUUAAGAAAAAUGCAGAAGUCUCUAGGUCCACUGGCCUCUCCACAGUCCACAGGAGAGGCAACCAGUGUGGCCCAUUCUCCUUUGAAGACACCCAGCCUACUGACCCCACCUGGGUGCUCACAGUCAGAGCUCCUUCCAGGCACCUCUCCAGACUCAAAGCCCACAGCUACUUUCAUCCUGCUGACCCCCACCUCUCCCACAUUACCAGUUACUGACACCACCUGGCCGCCUUCAACCUCUCAGGCUGACAGGUCUCCCAUGCCCCCAGACCCACCUGCACCACCCACCAUCCAAAGUACUUUGCUUGGAAUGGUGAGUAGCCCAACAUCCCAUCUUUCUGCAUCUGCACCUCCUGAUGCAACUUCUGCUCACCUCAUGUUAAAACCGAUUUUGGGGCCCCUGCACAACAGCGAGAUUGGAAGCUCCUCAUAUUCCAGAAUUUCAGUCACAGCUGCAGCAUCUUCAAUCUCUUCCCUUUCCACAACUCAGGGUACCUUAACUCCUACCUUCAAGCCUAUCUUUGGCAGCAUAGAUCCACUUAAAACUAUGCCCAAGAUAGCUCCUUUCUCCUCCAAGCAGACCCCUCCUCCAUUUACUCAUGCUUCUACCCAUCAUUUCCAUGGCCUGGUCAAGGCCACCUCUGUGGUCAUGUCCACCACCCUAGCCAGCACAUCUAAAGACUCUGUUUUUAAGCCACCUUUGGAUUUUGGUGUAGUGAAUGUCACCAGUGCCGUAGGCAACACUUAUUCUGUCCCUUCCACUUGCGACACUUUCCUGCUUGGGACUGCUCAGGCCUUCAGGGCCGACUUCACCCCAGCCACAGGAUUCAUUUUCCCACCACACCACCAUCCUACAAUUCCUACUGUGCAUACAGUCACCAUGUUUACCCAGGUCCUUUCCAGUGUUGUACAGAUAUCCCCUAGAAGCAGCACUGCUAAUUUCAGGGGUAUGGGCAGCCCUCUGCCUGCCUCUGCCCUAGUAUCCACAAACUGGCUUGCAUCAACCCCCAGCAUCUCCAACCUGACUCCAGCAAUCACAAGUCCCUUGGGAUCAAGCUCAAGGCCACCUUUCCCACUAUCCCAAGGAGCUAAUCCCCAGCCUGCAUUUGGUGCCACAAAUGGACAGAAACAAGGGCCUUCCCAGCCAGCCUUUAUGCCAAGUGUCAGUAGUUCUUUUCUUUUUGGGAGCUCAGCAGUGGCAUUGCCAACCCCCAUGCCAACUCCAGCUCAGCCAGCCUUCAUUAGUACCACACAGUCAGCCUUGGGGUGUUUGACACCCUCAGCCUCCACCUCUCAAACCCCUGCCAGCACCUGGUCAGGCAUUGGCAGCAUUCCAGCAGGUUUUCCCAUUAGUCAAGCUAGUACAACUGGGUUUAGAAUUGUAAUUCAGACCCACCAAAGUGGGGCUUUUGGCUCAGUGUUUGGCAGCAGAGCCCCACAACCUUUCACUUUUGGGGGAUUCGUGACCCCUAUGGACUGUGAUGAGUCUGGGAUCAGAAUGACUGGUCCAGACAUGAGCCCCACCUCUGGAGCUUUCAGCAUUGGAGCAUUGCCUAGUGGGACCACUAGCACCAUGAUCCCCUUUGGAAAAGGCUGGAGCCAGAACACUGAAGGCCUGCCCAGCCACCGCACAGCUUUUUCCUUGGGGAGAGGCAGCAUUUCUGCAAGAAAGACUAUGGCCCCCAUUGCUCAAAACACCCCAGUCCCUGGACAAGCUAAGGCAGGCAGCAGUGUUGGCUUUGGGAUGCCUUUUCCACCUGCCCAGGGCUCUGUUGGGAGAGGACCUUUUAGAUCAUCAGCCUCUUCAUUUUCCAUUGGCGCAAAAUCAAAAACGCCAAAGAAUCGGGAGAAAGGGCAUUCCCGAAGGCAUCAUGCCUACAAGAAGUAGCCUGUGUUCCCUGUCACUUGCACCCUGAUUUGGACCUCAGUAUUGUUUUUGAAAAGCCUCAGUGUCUUCCAAUUUUCUAAAGUAAACAUACUCCAGAUCUAAAACUGGAGCUUUAGAUGUUCACACUGUGUGUCCUAAUCUACAUCCUUGAAGAAAGUGAAGGACUAAACCAUCUAGUGCUGAUUGCAGAUUGAGGCCAGGUGGAACCAAACCCAUUGGACUUGAACAGAACCUCGCCUUCCCCUUCCUGUCCACUCUUCUCUGUGUCAGGUGUGCAGUGUGCACAGCAGCAGGAUCUAUAAUAUCCAGACUUUCCAAAUAAGUGGAAUGUCUAUCAAUUAGAACAUUUUUUCGUACAUCCCGCCAUCCCUACUGCUGGUAAACACUAACAUGUUCUCUGUUACUCACUAUAGGUUGUCUUUUAGAGAGUGUCACUUAAAUGGAAUCAAACAGUAUGUAACCUUUGGAGACUGGCUUCCUUCACUCAGCAUAAUGCCACUGAGAUUUAUCCAAGUUGUUACUUAUAUCAAUAUUUAUUUCUUUUAUUGCUGAUUAAAAAUCCAUUUUUAAUUGUGUUCAAUUGUAUGAGUAUACCACAGUUCAUUUAUCCAUUCACCUGUUGAAGAACAUUUAUUUCCAUUUUUUCUCAAAAAUAAAUAAAGUCACCAUAAACAUUCAUGUUCA